GGCUCUGCCGGCCGGCCGCCUCCGUCUCCUGCGCGGCCGGGCCGCCUAGCCACGCCAGGUCAGGUCGUCAGCGACGGCUCGGGCUCGAGCUCUGCCGGCCGGCCGGCCGCCUCCCUGUCUCCUGCGCGGCCGGGCCGCCUAGCCACGCCAGGUCAGGUCGUCAGCGACGGCUCGGGCUCGAGCUCUGCCGGCCUGCCGCUGACGCCUCUGCUCCGCGCCCCGUCGAUUUCACCUUUACCGCGGUCAGCGCCGCGAAGUUCGGUGGGCGUCAACUGCAGACGCCGUCCUGCCAGGUGAGGUGGCUUCUCCCUACCACAGCACCUCCAGCGAAGCAGGGGAAUGAGGAGCGCUGUCAGCUACCUCACUGGGCAGCUGAUUCGCGGUUCGAAACGCUAAAAGGAGGGGGAGCUGCACUCUGCUAUCUUCUGGAAGAUCAGAUGGCUUCUAAUGACCACUUUAGUGUGGAGUACACUGGGAAUCCCCACCCUGGGGACUUAAUUGAAAUAUUUAGACCAGCGUAUCAACACUGGGCUCUGUACUUGGGAGAUGGCUAUGUUAUAAAUGUCACACCACUAGAGGAGGGGGCCCCAGCUUCAUUCACUAGUGCAAAGUCCGUUUUCAGCAGGAAAGCAAUGGUAAAAAUGCAGCUGCUUAAAGAUGUUGUUGGACAAGAUCCUUUCAAAAUAAAUAAUAAGUAUGACGAUAACCACAUACCUCUACCAGUGGAUGAAAUCAUUAAGCGAGCUGAGUUUCUAAUUGGACAGGAAGUGUCCUACGAUUUGCUCGGGAAUAACUGUGAACAUUUUGUCACUUUACUUCGUUAUGGUGAGGGUGUAUCUGACCAGGCAAACAGAGCCAUCAGUGCCAUUUCCUUUGUAACAGCUGCUGCUAGUGCCUUUUCGCUGAUUGGAUUGUUCCAAAAUAGGUCGAGACAAAGAAAUUAUUAA